AUGAGCACCCAGGAGACGAACCGCGGCACCUACAACAACGUCGCUCCUGAGCGCGUCCGUUGGGAGGUGCACUACCCUGCCUUUCAGGCGGGCGUCGAGGCUUGCUUGGCCUCUGUGAUGUGCUCCUACACCGGGGUGAACGGAGACCACUCUUGUGAAAACAAUUGGCUGUUGCAAGGCGACCUCAAAGAUCGAAUGGAUUUCACUGGCUGGGUUAUGUCUGACUGGUGGGCGGUGAAGAACAUGUCAAAGGGACUUUCAGCGGAGUGUGUCAGGUCAUGCCAGGAAGCAAUCCAUCUGGGAACUCGCCUUUUCCUGACAUGGACGAUCUCCAGAGCUCUGGCGAGGACAGGGUGA